UUUACAAACUGAGAGUCAGACCCAUUUAGCGUCACGUGGCAAGUCUUAUUAGUGGGAGCAUCAACAAGCAUUGAGACCGACUGACUUGAGCCUACAAGUAGGCUGACCCGGCUCAGGAGGAUUCAUUCAGCCGCAGGAGAGAAGUCCGGCAGGAUGAGGAACCCAGCAGUGUUCCUGCUUGCAAUCACCAUACUGGCUUUCUUGGCAGAGGCCUCCCCGAUUCUGACUGAAAAACAGGCCAAGCAGCUCCUGAGAUCCCGGCGACAGGACAGGCCAAGCAAACCUGGAUUCCCUGAUGAGCCCAUGCGGGAGCACAUGCACCACCUGCUGGCCCUGGAGCACCGAGCCGAGGAGCAGUUUCUGGAGCACUGGCUGAACCCUCACUGCAAGCCCCACUGCGACAGGAACAGGGUCCACCCCGUGUAAGGGGCGCAGGCCAGCCUGCCAGCGUUUUGAUAAGCAGUGACCUAGAUAAGACUGCAACUGGGCAAAGCUCCUCUUCCAUUUGAUUUUGAACGACAGAGAUGGUUGUCUUCGCGCCUCAUGGACUCGGGGCCCUCAUGGCUAAGCCAAGGGUUGCUUUGGGGGUGAACGCCGAGUGCCUAUCCCGCUUCACCGUACUAACCUGCAGAGACCAUCAGAACUGACAGCGCGAGGUGCAGAGCCUCUGCAGGCCUUCCUGUCUGUUCUUAAGUGUGGGCAGAGCCAGGGUCGUCCCUGGAGCGACCGGUGGGUCCUGUGGAGGGGGAGCCGGGGCAGAG